GGGUGAUGGAUGUCGCACCACAGGGAGGAUAAACACGAGUUUUGUUUUCGUUAUUGUAUAGUGAUUUUAUAAAGAUGACUGAACUGCUAGCCAAAAGGAAGCGAAAAUCGUCCCCUUCUACACCUCCAUCAUCUGUAAGAAAAAAACCUAGACUCGAUGCACUAGACACACGUUCGUUAACAACGACACCUUGUGAACUGUUGGAAGACGAGUUGAGACAAAAAUACCCACUGGCUACAUCACACGUUUUACGAGACAAAGAAGAUGAUGCUGACGAAAAGUUUGAUACAAACUCAGAAUCAUACACCCAAGACAGUACAUUGAUGUCAACGAUGUUAAGAAAGAUGGGAUAUAGUGACACUAACAGACACAGGACAAAAGAAUUAUUACUAUUAUUAAAUGAGUGUAACAACAUAUUUGAACGAGCUUUGAAUGAUGGAAUCCCGAGGUGUUAUUUUUCAGUAGGAAGUCAAAUAGAAUGUACUUCUCUACCUGAUUCUGACGAUGAUAAUCUCUUCGGUCCAUCCAAUGAACACGUUGCUGCAAUCAGCAGUCAAAGGUAUAUAAAAGACGGUCGAGUAAAUAUACUAAUGGUUCGAAAUGGGAUGUCGUCGCCUGGCCACGUAUGGUUAAAACAUCUAGAUAUCAAACAGUCGCAACUUAUCUCGAAAUGUACCAGACUUAAAUCUGAAACAAAGGACAGGAUCGAUAUGCAGGUUAAAUUAUAUAGUCAAUGUUACAUACCUAUUGCAAAAGUUCCGGAUGUAGACAAACACUUGCUAUGCACAUGGCCGGGCACUCUUUUUUUAGACGACACUGAUAUGCUAUUCUACAUCCCAAACAGUCUCUAUACAUUGAUAGGAAAACAGAUGUGGGCGGGUAAAGCAUCGAGAACGGGGCCCUCUUUCUCUAGCAGCGAGACAGACGUUGUCCGUCCGAUAUUCUGUGACUAUGUUUUCCCAAGCGAUCAAGACCCUUUAACUAUUGGAGGGAAACUCUACGGUAAUCUCCAUGUACCAAACAAAUAUCCUUGCAAUCUAGUUCCUGUUGGUCACCCAGAAAGUGAAGAUUCGAUGUUGGAAUGGCGGAUAUCGUACAACCUGACAGAAAGAGAAAUUAUGUUCGGGUUGAAUAUUACUCACAUUCACACAUACGUUGUGCUGAAAAUGUUACAGAGAAACUUCAAGCAUGUUAAGAAUAAUCUCACAAGUUAUCAUUUUAAGACAAGUCUAUACUUCACAAUAGCUACCACAACACCAACAAUGUGGAGAGAGGAUAAUCUGAUAAAUUGCGUUCGACAAUGUUUGAAAAUGAUUCGAAUGUUUUUAAAGAAGAAGUUUUGUUCUCAUUUCUUUAACAAGGCAUUUAACAUUUUCGCCGGCAAACUUUCACGGUGUGGAAAACACUGGGACAUGUUAAUUAAACUUGUUGAUGAUUAUGUAGACAACCCAAGCUCCAUUGUAGAAGGCAUCAAACAAGCAAACAAACGCAUCAAUCGAAUUCAAAGCGUUCCACUUGAAACUCGACGCUUUGUUUUGAACAGUAUAACUCUUGUUGAACAAGUGAAUAAAACGAUUGUGGAUUCUGCAGUGACACCUUUUACUCAACUUGGAAACCUUGCUCCACACAUACGCCCUGUUGACAUUCAAAAAACGCGCUUCAUGUAUGGAAAGCUACGGAAGAAAUUAGAAAAUCAGAUAGAACAUCUCCCAACUGGUGAAGACAAUAAAUGUGCCAAAGUCGUCCUUUCAUUUGUUAUAGUAAGAGACUAUUUGCUUUCAGUUGCAGACUUGAUGGAACAAGGUAAAACACCUGCAUUAUUAUCACGUGGUACUAUUUUACCCGACGCCUUGUCUAUGGAUUUGCAAAUGUCCUCUGUCCUGUUUGUAAAUGGGAAAUUUGAACAAAGCCUAUUGUUCCUGGACCGUGUUUUCAAAAAAAAUUGCAAAUGACCCAAUUUUCUAUGUCCAGUGUCAUCAGAAUGGUCGUCAUAUACCACGUUGUGAUUUUGAAGAAUUCUUCACGAGAUACAAUGAGCCACUUCCAAUCACUGACAUUCCCGCAUGGACAUUUAUAAAGCGUCAUGUCUCUCUUCAAGUUAUAUUCCUCGUGCAUGAACUUUGCCUUAUACAUCCACUUCUGCGGUUUGAAGCCUAUAGGUUUCUGUUUGAAGAUAGGAGAAAUAUUUGUAGAGUUGAUGACGAGUGGUGGUGUGUUGUUCGAAUGGAUUCCAUUCCUUUUCUAUUCUUUAUGCAGUACCUUGUCUACAAAGAACUAGGACUUGAGGAACAGAAAUACGAGGCUCUCGUGUGUUUGGAAGUGUGCAUUGACUAUUCCUCUAUGUCAGAUCGACACAUUGCAAUGAACAUGCUCGGUAUAUGCUGCGAGUGCGAAUUGAAUUAUAAUAAAGCGUUGCAUUGCUAUGCAAAAUCUUUAACAGUACGGCCGAGAUUCAAUGCUGCGAAAUUCCACAUUGCACUCUUAGUUUGGAAGUUGUCAAGCAAAAUAUAAAAUGGGCGCAAGUUGAUAUAUGUUUAAGUGUCCUUAUUUAAAGAACGGAUAAUAAUCUUCAUUUUUCUCUGCUUGAUUGUGAUGUCAGCUUAGAAUAGAUACACUAUUAGCUUAUGUUUUCUAAGGAUCAGUUUGGGUUAAAUAUUAGGAUUAUCAUACCAAAUGGUUACAAGUUUUCUCCCUCGAUUUUCGACGUUCAUCUAUUAAGUUUUCAGUAUUCUGCCUACUAUUGCAACUGUUACUUGUAAGUUUUUGCUACAUAAAAGUUCGUUAUGUAUGGAAUUAAUAAAAACUAAAAUAAUAA